GAAAUUUCUUUUUUUUUCUACCUUAAACUAUGAACUAACUCUCCAUCAAUCCUUUCUACCUUUCCUAGAUGUUUCCUUGGUCCGCUGUUUUCUCUCUUGAGCCUAAAGUGCCUGGCCAGCGCACCACUGAGGAGUUGGUAACCAAUACUCUGAUGUUGGAGCUAGGGGCCAUGGUGAAACGCACUGAACGCAUCCGUUUAGAGAGGGCAACAGAGGGCCGGCGCCGCCGGCGCAGCUCAUCCUCCACAGCUGACUAUAGCUGGCUGGCCAACACCCCAACCCCCCAACCCUACGAGCUGACACCCAACGACCUGCUGGAGCUGCAGGACCUCUGUGCCAAGAUCCCUCCUGCACAGUGUGGCCCUGCGAUCGUCAGAUUCAGAAGGCUGGUGUCUGAGAUGGAGCCUGAGGUUCAUGAGGUUCCUCGGCUGUUUCGCUCUGUACUGCGCGAAUGUGUGGAAGAGCAGAAUGGAAACGAAGAUGUUCAGACCCAGGACACGGUGAUCGAGAAGCAGCAGCGCAGCAAGAGCCUCUCCUUCGUUACUUUCCGCUCAAAGUUUCGCACGGGGCAGUUCUUCAAGGGCAGCAGCAUGAGAGGUUCCAGAGGGAAUCUGCAGCAGCAGGUAGAUUGGUCCGACGAGGAAGAUGAUGGAGAAAGAGAAGAGGAAGCCAUCAAGGCCAGGGCAAGGAAAGGAAGGAGCAAGAGCAUGCCAGAGAUUACCCCAAUGGAGCAAAGCGCCCAGGGGUGAGAGAA